AUGAAUAAAAAAGAAUUAAGAAAGCGUAAUUCAUAUGCUGAUAGAGAAGUACUCAAUUUAACAGGUAAUCUUUAUCCAUUUGCUCUUUUCUCAUAAACUAAACCGCUAAAUCAUUAGAAAUGGGUUUAGGAGUAAAUAAUUCUAACUAAUCAGAACAUAGAAAAAGUAAAGGCCUGAGUCACAGAACAAGAGAAAGGAUUAAUUUUUAUAGGAGAGAAAGUCAAUUAAGAUCCAGAAUAUCUUGAAUUAAAAAAAAGAGGAAAUAAGUAUUGAUAAUGAUUGGAGUUUUGAAGAGACUUAAUACUUAUUCAAUUGA